UCAUAGUUAUCGGGUUAACCAGAGGAAAGUUGCAUAAACAGUUUUCCAGUGAUAAGAAAAGAACUGCUAAAUCAUUUUAUAUGGGCAUUUGUCUCCAACUGCUGAGUGAUCUUGAAUAUCUAAUUUCUUUAUAUGAAUUGGACUACACAGUUUUAUCCGAAAAGCAGUCAAAAAGUGUUAUCAGUGCAUAUCAGUCACUAUUUAUAGCGGCCGGCACUUAGGAUUUGAAUCAGUCAUCUCUUUUUUAAGUUCGUGAUAUUUGUGGUGAAUUUUACAAGAGAUGCCAAAGCCAAUUCUGUCUGGACCUAUUGUAAAGCCUGGAGUACGGGCAGUCCUACUAACAGCUGAAGCAAUUGGCUUGGAGCUCGAGUAUAAAGAAACUAAAUUAGAACCGAAGGAAACAAUUGAAGAAUACCAGAAGAGGAAGGGGGAAAGUCGCGCUGUUAUUCUGAAUGAUGCGGGAAAUAUAAUCUGGGAAAGUCAUGCUAUUCUAUCCUAUUUAGUAAGUAAAUAUGGCAAGGAUGACUCGAUUUAUCCAAAGGAUUUCUACCAGCGAGCCUUAGUUGAUCAAAUACUUUAUUUGGAGUCUGGAUUUUUAAUGCCACGAGCUCGGAUGUUUCUAAUGGCUAAUACGCGAAAUCUGGAAUCAGCUGACAAGACCAAGAAACUUCUUACAGAAGCUAUUGCUUAUUUCGAGAAGAUUUUGGAGAGAACUUCUUAUCUGGCUGGAGACAAGUUAACUAUUGCAGAUCUUUCAGCCGUCGCUAUAUUUUCGAACAUACACAACAUAUUCCCCGUUCAAGUUGCAGAAUAUCCUAAACUAGUAGACUGGCUAUCACGAAUGGAGAAUCUUCCUUACUACCAUAAAGUGAUGGACGCCGGAUUGCAAUGGCCAAAGCAAUCUUGAAAU